UACGCCUUGCUUGUGGAUCCUUCUGCCUGCUAAAGCAGGGGACGCCUGCAGCAAGAUGACAUCUGGACCUGGCCUGGCAAGCACAGGAGGGAAGCUCUUCAUGCUUGUCGCCCCCUUUGUUGCGCGGUUUUCCUUCAGGAAGGUGAAGGUGGAAGAAGAUGAGAGGAGCCCGUUGUUACCAGAGACCCGCAAACCGGACAAGCUGCUUUCUUCAUCCAAUGUCCGUGGCCCCCUGUUCUUUCCCACUGGAGACCCAGACGCUGGAUUGCCUGAGAAGCACCCAGGAAAAUGGGAUCUUCUACUGCCCCCCGGCCACAACCUGGAUUCCUGCAGCUAUUGCAUUAAGUACCUGACCUUCCUCUGGAACCUCUUGUUCUCUGUGCUGGGUUUGCUGAUCUUGGCCUUUGGGAUCUGGGGGCUCCUGGACAAGGAGUCCCUGGUAAGUGAGCGUAUAGCCCACCUAGGCUCUGACCCCAUGCUCUUCUUUGUCCUGGUUGGUUUGGCUGUCAGCACCAUCUCUCUGGCAGGCUGCAUGGGAGCGCUUUAUGAAAACACCUGCCUGCUGAAGUUCUUUACUGGGGGAGUCAUCACUUUUGUCAUCUUGGAGAUUCUAGGUGGGCUCGUACUGUAUUCUCUGAGACAACAGAUCAAGGGUUCCCUGCAGAACACCAUGCUGGUGGCUGUCCUAAGGUACCAGGAUGACCCAGAUCUGAGAUUCAUCAUGGACGAAAUUCAGAUGGGCUUGCAAUGCUGUGGCGUGGAGUCCUACCAGGACUGGAAAAUGAACGUGUAUUUUAACUGCAGCUCCCCAGGUGUGCAAGCCUGCGGCGUUCCCGCUUCCUGCUGUCUGAAUCCCCUGGAGAAUGGCACCAUCACAAACUCCCAGUGUGGCUUCGGAGCCCUCGGCAUGGAGGAGGUUGCAGCUCAAAGUAUCAUCUCCCUCGGCGGCUGCGUGCCCCAGCUGAGUCGGUGGCUUCACGGCCAUGGGGGGGUGCUGAGCGCCUACUUUGUGUUUCUGAUCCUGGUUGAAGUUGGAGGCUUAUUAUUGGCAACCAAGUUACUGGCAGACCUGGCAUUUGUCGGAGCGCUAGGGCAGCAGCCCAGGGCUUGGUGACUCACCGCAUGUGGCUGGAGGUCAGGGUUGGAUCCUGGGGCGGAGCCUCGGGCCCAGAACCGCUCUCCAGCAUGGCAAGAUGGACGGUCUGGGCCCACUGCUGAGCUCAGGUUCUCCGAGGCCUCGCUGCGUGGGAAAGGUUGUUUAGUAUAAGCUCCUGUGUGAACCGAAGCCUGGCUGGUUGUCUCGGUGUAACCCCCUUGGUGGACACACGGAUUGCAGUGUGAAACGGCACCAUCAUUCCAGCUUGUGUCGCGUGAAAAGGGGGUGGACCUAAGCCAAGAAAAGCCCCUCGUGCACUGGCAGAAGGGCCGCUGUGGGGAGAGGGGUUUAGUUCUGGGACUAGUCUGGCAGAGGCAGGGAACUCCACUGGCCCCACUGAGCCUGCUUCAGCGGCUCCCUGGGCUGCAGGAGGUGGGAGCGGAGCCCUCCGUGCCUGGCUGGAGCAGCAGGGUGUGCGCAGGAGAAACAGCCCAGCGGCACCACCCCUGCCUCCGACCGCUGCUAGGAGACCCUCUCUCAGCGGCUCUGACCUCAGUCACGGAGGGGGAACUCCAGGCGAGUGCAAGGCUUCCUAUGCCACCCCGUCUCCAGCCCUGGGUGCAAAUGCUGCUGCUGCCUCCCAUCUCCUGCUUGCUGGGGGGAGGCCUUACGCCUGCCCAGCUGGGGCUGGAAA